GGAUGGGGGAGUCGCCCCCGAGCGUCAAGCUGUUGUUGUGUAUAAUCUGCAAAUUUCCUCAGAUGACGCAAAGACCGUGACUUUGCCUCCCGUCCACUCUUCAUCUCCACAUCCCUCCUCUCAUCUCUCGAUGCCUCGCUCUUGUCGCACGGGAGACAGCGACGCUCAGCAGGCAGGAUGACAAACCAGCCCACGGUCAACCAGUCCAACGCCGACAAGCACAAGGCCAGAGACGCAAGCCGGCAAGAUGACAACACCGAGGCUGGCUACAAAGAUGCUGGUCACUGCAGCCGCAACACUCACAACCUGCUGCUGGGACUCACCGUCAUGGGUGUGGUCAUGGGAGUGGUGUUCGGGAUGCUGCUGCGCUACAUGAAGGUGACGGACAACUCCGCCCUCACCAUGGUUUCCUUCCCCGGGGAAAUUCUCAUGAGGAUGCUGAAGAUGCUCAUCCUGCCUCUCAUCAUCUCCAGCCUCAUCACAGGUCUGGCCGGUCUCGAUGCUCGCUCCAGCGGCAGGAUGGGCAGCAGAGCCAUGGUGUACUACAUGUCCACCACCAUCAUCGCAGCCAUCCUGGGGGUCAUCUUAGUGCUAAGUAUCCACCCCGGCAACCCCAAGCUGAGGGGGGGCGGCGCUACCAUGGGUACCAAAAACCAGGAAGUCAGCAGUCUGGACGCCUUCCUAGAUCUGAUCCGAAACCUCUUCCCUGAGAACUUAGUGCAGGCUUGUUUCCAGCAGGUCCAGACAGUGCUGAAACAGGUGUCAGUAACAGCGCCAAACCAAACGGAGCCCAUUGUAGUAAACAAGAAGAAACUGGAGUAUAAAUGGGGCAUGAAUGUUCUUGGCUUGAUUGGCUUUUUCAUCACCUUUGGCGUCUGCAUGGGCAGGAUGGGCGAGCGCGGGAAAAUAAUGUGUGACUUCUUCAACAUCCUGAACGAGAUCAUCAUGACGAUGGUCUCUAUGAUCAUGUGGUACUCCCCCGUCGGCAUCGCCUCUCUGAUCGCAGGGAAGAUCGCUGCCAUCGGUGACCUGGAGGUGGUGGCCAGGCAGCUGGGCAUGUACAUGGUGACCGUCAUAGUGGGCCUGAUGAUCCAUGGCGGCUUGAUCCUUCCCGCCAUAUUUUUCGGAAUCACCCGAAAAAGCCCCUUUACCUUCUACUCUGGAAUCUUCCAGGCUUGGAUCACGGCGCUGGGCACGGCCAGCAGCGCCGGGACCUUGCCGGUCACAUUCCGCUGCCUGGAGGAGAAUCUCAAGAUCGACAAGCGUGUCACUCGCUUCGUGCUGCCCAUCGGCGCCACCAUCAACAUGGACGGCACUGCCCUGUACGAGGCCGUGGCGGCCAUCUUUAUCGCCCAGAUGAACGACAUCGCGCUGGACGGCGGGCAGAUCGUCACCGUCAGUAUGACCGCCACACUGGCCAGCGUGGGUGCGGCCAGCAUUCCCAGCGCGGGACUGGUCACCAUGCUGCUGAUCCUGACGGCGGUCGGCCUUCCCACGCAGGACAUCAGUCUGCUCAUCGCCGUCGACUGGCUGCUUGACAGAAUGCGUACUUCCAUCAACGUGGUCGGCGACUCGUUCGGCGCCGGUAUCGUGGACUACUUGUCCAAAGCGGAGCUCAACGAGAUCGACGCGGCCGAAAUGCAAAUGCUCCCGACGGAGGAGGAGCUGGAUUUCAUCCCGCCGCCGCCGAUCCUCACUGAGUUGGAUCUGGCGGAUCCGCUCAGGCCGCCCGAGCUUCCCCCCCGCUCCCCUCGCCCCCCUAAACAAAACCACCACGGCCACAUUCUCUCCCAGUCGCACUCCGUCACGUACUCGCCGUCCCGCUCUGUCCGCUCUCCGUCGCCGCACUCCAUCCGCUCUCCCUCCCCGCGCUCCGUCUGCUCCCACUCCCCGCGACCUUUCCGCACCCACUCUCCUCGCCUCCUCCGCAGGACGGAGCCGGGCUACUGCGCCCUGCCCAGCCAUGACAACCAGAUCCCCGCCCUUCCUCGCUGCUACCGGGAAAGAGAGCGGGAACGCGAUCGGCUGCAUCGAGAGAGCGAGACGGAAGAAGAGGAGGAAAGAGAACGGGUCCUUGGAGAAAUAAGCGACGGCGAGGAGAGUGACGACACGGCCUACGACCGGCGGCACGCCAUCCAGCCCUGUGACCUGCCGUGAGUCCGCCGCUCCACUAGAGGGCCUCGCUGGAAUUCUGUCUCUUUAAUUGGAAAUGUUAAAAUAAUUUAGAAGCGCCACUAAAACAGUAUAAAUCAUUUUCUCUCCCCCACAGUCUGUAAGCCAACCUAAAACACUCCUUUAGUUAAAGCCUCGUGUCCACUAAAAAAAAAAAAAACGGACUGGACAUUUGGUGGAAACUUGGCUUCUUGUAUGAAAACUAAGGAUGGGUACCGAAUUCAGUACUUUUUUUUUUCAGAAUUCUCUCGGCACUACUGGGUACGGAUUCAUGUCAAAUCAAAUGGUACCAUUUUUCAAUGCCUUUGUUGAACGGUUGCAGACUCGAGCACUUGGCGGGAAAACAGUAAUGUUGUCAUUUUCCAUGCCAACAAAGCAAGCAUGCAUGAUAGAAAGCCCUUUUAAAAAUGCACUAGCUCGAUGUUAAUUUAAAUUGGAUAUGCCAUAUAUAUGCUACUGAUUAGAUUCCAUAGUCCUUUUCCCACCAAAAGUUCAGAAACUUCAAGUUCCUGGAACUAAAGGUUCCUGUAGAAUUGUGUGGUUUCCACCACAUUUCACAGUUCAGGUACUUUUAUUUAAAUCAGUCCGAUGUAUGGAUGAGGGGUAGAGUAUAUUUCUAAAUCGAUAUAACGUAAAUCAACAAACACUGGUAGGUCAUAUUUACAUGCUUGCCAACCUUACGACUUUCGAAUUCGGGAGAUGAGGGGUGGGGUGGUUGAGGUGUGGUGGGGCGGGGUUGGAGGGGCGGGGUUUGGUGUUAGCGGGGGUGUAUAUUGUAGCCCAAAAUAAUUAGGGCUACAAAGGUUUCUGGGUAUUUCUUCGGUUGUGUUUAUGUUGUGUUACGGUGCGGAUGUUCUCCCGAAAUGUGUUUGUCAUUCUUGUUUGGUGGGGGUUCACAGUGUGGCACAUAUUUGUAACAGUGUUAAAGUUGUUUAUACGGCCACCCCUCAGUGUGACCUGUAUGGCUGCUGACCAAGUAUGUCUUGCAGUCACUUGCGUGUAUCUGUAGAAGCCGCAUACAACAUGUGACUUGGCCGGCACGCUGUUUGUAUGGAGAAAAAGCGGAUGCGACGACAGGUUAUAGAGGACGUUAAAGGCAGCGCCAUCACAGCACGCCUUCAAUAUUGAUGUCCUGGUGAAAAUCGGGAGAAAUUCGGAAGAAUGGUUGCCCUGGGAGAUAUUCGGGAGGAGCACUGAAAUUCGGGAGUCUCACGGAAAAAUCAGGAGGGUUGGCAAGUAUGCAUAUUUAUAUUACUGAAAUGUAAGUAAAUGAAAUACAAAGCAUUAAUAUACAAAAUAUAUUGUUUAAAAGCAAAGUGUACGGGAUUUUACAUAAAGUCAGGCUUUUGUCCGCAGUGUCCCAACAGUCAGAAAGUUGUUCCCUCAGUAAAUGAUGAAUUCAUGACGGUCGGGCUAUACCUUAUGUUCUAUUUGAGCUGUAAAUGACAAUAUACAGUACAUAUAAUAAAUGUCAGUGUUUAUCUUCUGCCGACAACACAAACGCAUUAGAUUUAGCAUUAGCAUUAGCAUUGGGUUCACUUGGGUGAGGCUAAUAACUACACACAUGGCAGGCCACUAUCUGUGUUUCCAUUGCAGUUGUUCGCAAAGUAAAAGCGAUAUUUCAAAAAUUUCGACAAGGAAGAUGUUUCCAUUAAAGCAGACCUGGGCAAAUUAAGGCCCGGGGGCCACAUGCGGCCCGUUGAGAUUUUCAAUCUGGCCUGCCACACAUUCCCAAAUAAGUUUUUUAGAUCUUCAAGAUGGAAAGUGUAGCUGCCAUGAUGAUGUGCAGUCAUGUUUUCUAACGACCGUAAGUCUUGAAUUAUACAAAGUAUUUCAAUGGUUGGAAUCUGCACUUUUGGAUGAUAUACCAGUUACUAUGGUAAUCUAAUUAGUUACUAUGCUAAUCUAAUUAGUUACGAUGGUCAUCUAAUUAGUUAUGAUGGUCAUCUAAUUAGUUACUAUGGUCAUCUACGUCACAGCAGCUCAGACGAGGCACCAAACAUUGGGGGUGGGAAUUGUUUCCACGGACGCGGAAGGGGAUUUCACAACAAAGUUCUAUAGCUUAGUAAUGUAUCAGAUGUAUCAGAUUGUAGGUGGGUUUAUUUUGUACCCUUCGCAUUCAUAUUUCACUGUUUGUUAAAUUUUUGUUGCGUUUCACUUGUGUCGAUCGAAAGGGGGGGGUGACGUUCAUAUUUUUUCAAUAUUCAGUGUUUUAUCCUUCAUAGAAAAAUGUAAAAUUCAAUUACGUUUUUUAAGGCACUCUAUCAUAAUGUUUUUAGCAUUCAAUCAGACAUUAUAGUGAGUUUUUGUAUUAGUAUUCCUAAAAAUAGAUAUACCGGCCCUAAGACACAUUUUUUUUCUUUAAAUGUGGCCCCAGAGUCAAAAUAAUUGCCCAGGCCUGCAUUAAAGGGUGUUUUGCCUCAUGAGCCUUAUAUUCUCGUUAGAUCUCGAGACUCCACUUUAAGGAAGAUAUUAUAGCCACCGUUGUUGCGGUGAUGUCAAUAGAAGACGAAGGCAUCGGAUGAUGACACGAAGGCAACUUCCUUACAAGCCCCUUUAUAUUGUCCGAGCAUGUGGGUCUCUCAGAGCCUGCGGUUCAGCCUCUAUUCCAGGGAAGGGAUCCGCGAGACGGCCCGGUGUGGCGGUGCCUCAUCUCUCUCCCUGGCCGACCGAACGAAAGCGAGACCAAGAUGACCCGUCUGCCCAAAUGUCCUGCAUGGGCGCGCUGCAUGUUCGGUGUUUAUGUGACGUGUAACUGCGGUAAAAGUGUUUCCAUCAUUUGCGAAACACUUUAAUAUAAAAACUUCUCAAAAAACACCUUAUAAAAAUGUUUUAGUUAUAUUUGAAAAGUAAGUCGGACACGUUUCCAGUGAGGGUUGGACUCCGCCAAGGCUGCCCUUUGUCACCGAUUCUGUUCAUAACUUUUAUGGACAGAAUUUCUAGGCGCAGUCAAGGUGUGGAGGGGUUCCGGUUUGGUGGCCGCGGGAUUAGGUCUCUGCUUUUUGCAGAGGAUGUGGUCCUGAUGGCUUCAUCUGACCGGGAUCUUCAGCUCUCACUGGAUCGGUUCGCAGCCGAGUGUGAAGCGACCGGAAUGAGAAUCAACACCUCCAAAUCCGAGUCCAUGGUUCUCUCCCGGAAAAGGGUGGAGUGCCAUCUCCGGGUUGGGGAGGAGACCCUUCCCCAAGUGGAGGAGUUCAAGUACCUAGGAGUCUUGUUCACGAGUGGAGGAAGAGUGGAUCGUGAGAUCGACAGGCGAAUCGGUGCGGCGUCUUCAGUAAUGCGGACGUUGUACCGAUCCGUUGUUGUGAAGAAGGAGCUGAGCCGAAAGACAAAGCUCUCAAUUUACCGGUCGAUCUACGUUCCCAUCCUCACCUAUGGUCAUGAGCUUUGGGUCAUGACCGAAAGGAUAAGAUCACGGGUACAAGCGGCCGAAAUGAGUUUCCUCCGCCGAGUGGCGGGGCUCUCCCUUAGAGAUAGGGUGAGAAGCUCUGCCAUCCGGGAGGAACUCAAAGUAAAGCCGCUGCUCCUCCACAUCGAGAGGAGCCAGGUGAAGUGGUUCGGGCAUCUGGUCAGGAUGCCACCCGAACGCCUCCCGAGGGAGGUGUUUAGGGCACGUCCAACUGGUAGGAGGCCAUGGGGAUGACCCAGGACACGUUGGGAAGACUAUGUCUCCCGGCUGGCCUGGGAACGCCUCGGGAUCCCCCGGAAAGAGCUAGACGAAGUGGCUGGGGAGAGGGAAGUCUGGCCUUCCCUGCUUAGGCUGCUGCCCCCGUGACCCGACCUCGGAUAAGCGGAAGAAGAUGGAUGGAUGAAAAGUACGUUUUAGAAUAGAUAGAAUCAGCUUUAUUGUCAUUACGCAGGGUAACGAGAUUGAGGCCAUUCCAUACAGUGCGAUGUGUGCAUGCAAGAAAACAAUCUAUAAAUAUAUUAAAAAAUAUAUAGAAGUGCAAAGAAAGGUGUGGAAGAGAACAGUGUACACUCUAUACCCUCUGUACAGUGUACACUGUACACUCUGUACAAAUGUAACUCUAUACACUCUGUACAAAUGUGACUCUAUACACUCUGUACAAUGUACACUCUGUACAAAUGUAACUCUAUACACGCUGUACAAACGUGACUCUAUACACUAUGUACAAAUGUACACUCUAUACAGUGGGUAUAGAGCAUCGGACGGUUUUUCACAGGACACAUUUCCUGUGUUGUUGUUUCCGAAAGAGGAGAUGCUGCUCCGUUAUUGAUUUAAGUAAAGUCUGAAUGUCAUUAAAACAGUUAGCUCCAUCUUUUGACACUUCUUCCACUCCCGUCCUUGCACGCUACACCGCUACAACAAAGAUGGCGGGGAGAAGAUGCUGCCGAAGGUGAGCGGCAUAAAUAAGACCGCCCACAAAACGGCGCAUUUAGAAGCGACUGUCAGAAAGCGGCUUGAAGAUGAUCUGUAAAACAUAAUCUAUGCAACAUUUUGACCAAAUAACCACCAUUACAUGUUAUGUAGACCACAAGAAAGUGUUUACAUUUAGAAAAAAAAUAAUGAUAGUGAUGACACCUUUAAUGCGCCCUGUAAUCCGGUGCACCAAAUAUAUGAAAAAGGAUCAAAAAUAGGCCAUUAAUUGGCAAGGCGCCUUAUAAUCCGGUGAGCCCUAUGGUCCGGAAAAUACGGUAAGCUAUUCGGAGGUCAGCAAGAUCCACACUGCAAUUUGUUUCCACGUCACACUUUCAAGCCCUAUAAACACUUUUGUAGCACUUGACAGAAGACAAGACUGGCACAUUUAACUGAGUGGCAAAGAUUACUUCCUGACUACGGAAACACACCUAGGACAAUCUGAAAUCAAUGCAUGCUUGUAACUAGGCCACACAGUUAUCAGCUCAUUCUUGAAUGUUACUGAUUUGUUGUAUUUUAUAAAAAAUUAUCAUUUAUUUACACAAUUAUAGCGAAAAUUGGUACCGAUAUAAAUACCCAGGUAUCAGGAAUUGGCACCAUAGGGUUUAACUGUGAAAGGUACCCAUCCCUAUUGAGAACUGAGCAGCUUUCAACACAAAAAUGUUAUUUUCUUCCCUCCCGACUCUCCCACGCCCUCUUUUCACUUAUCAGCAGUCACACAAUCUCUUUGUGAAGAGUUGCAAAAUUCUUCUCACUGCACUUCCUUUUUAUUUGUGUUUUUUGUGUUCGCCGUCUGAGGCGAUGAGUCACUGUUGCUGAAAUGCACCAGAUGCUGUUUCCAUUCCCGUUGUUUGUUUCGUGCACUUUUAUUCUCCUUUAUCAUGUUGAUCUGUAAAGAGAAAUCACCUCCCACGACCCGCUGAAUGCCUUUUCAUUGCAAGUCAACGUCAUCCCCCCACCCUCCCCCAACAUGGCGUUGCAGGUCUAGCUGGUGUCUACAUGGAUGUAAUAAAACCCUGCAGAUCUUUGAAGACAAAUGGCGUUUUAUU